AUGGAUUUUGAAACUCAAAUCAUUAUUUGUAGAAAUAAUGCGAAGAGUGUAGUAGACAAAAGACUAAGAGUCUUUGUUUAGGUUUGGAAUCAAAUUUUUGAUGAUGAUGAGGAAAUAAUUGAUUUUGAGGCUGAUCCUAAUUUGGUAAAGUAAAUAAAUCACUAUUACUAAUUGCAUGAGUAUGAUUAAGUACAUAAUUAUACAAAGUAGACAUAAAUAAGUUUUGUUGAUAAAAUUGAAGAUUCCAACAUUGAGCAUUUGAUGGACUAAAAAUCUAUUGAUUAUCUGAAAUAUUUAGGAUACGAAAAUGAUGAAUUAUCAAAAGAGAGAGUAUAAGAUUGGUUAACUAAAAUUACUCCUUUAUUGGGUGAGUGUUAUAGAUUGAAUUGCGUUGAAAUUAUUGAAAUUUUAAAAAUAAGUGUUGCAAUAUUUUUCUAUAUUGAAGGUUUAACUGAAAAAGAGUUUUAACAAUUUGCAUUGAAAUGGGGAAUUCAGUACCCAUUACCUCCUCAAAGAUAAAGAAAAAUUGUUGAGGAAAAUAAAUUUAUUUUUGAGAGACAAGGAAAGAAAUGA